AUGGGAGGUGCCUGUACAAAGAACAGAACAAAGCAACCUGGGCGCAAGAAAGCGCAGGAAUUGGCAGAGAGGCAGAGACGAGAACAAGAAGCCAUAGCGGAAGAUGAAAGAAAGAAAAUGGAAGAGGCGGCGGAACAGCGCCGACAGUUAGAGAAGGAAGAUAGUCGCCUACGAGAAGAGGAAGAGGCGAGUUUAGCGAGUCCACAGAGGGCUGAAGCAGAGGAGGGAAAACAGGCAGAGGAACGAGCUGAGGAGGAAGAAAGGGAACGAGCUGAGGAGGAAGACAGGAGACGGACUGAGGAGGAAGACAGGAGACGGACUGAGGAGGAAGACAGGAGACGGACUGAGGAGGAAGAAAGGAGACGAGCUGAGGAGGAAGAAAGGAGACGAGCUGAGGAGGAAGAAAGGAGACGAGCUGAGGAGGAAGAGAGGAGACGAGCUCAGGAGGAAGAGAGGAGACGAGCUCAGGAGGAAGACAGGAGACGGACUGAGGAGGAAGAAAGGAGACGAGCUGAGGAGGAAGAGAGGAGACGGACUGAGGAGGAAGAGAGGAGACGAGCUCAGGAGGAAGACAGGAGGCGCGCUCAAGAGGCAGAGGAACGCCGCAGAAAAGAAGAGGAGCUGGCGAGACAGCGACGUGAGGAAGACGCCCGGGCAGAACGGAAGAUCAAAGAAGAAGAGGAAAGGAGGCGAGAAGAGGUAGAAGCAGAAAGAAGAAGAUUGGAGGAAGAGGAAGAAGCGGCACACCGUCGAAAGUUGCUGGAGGAGGAGUCUGAUGAAUACACAUCAGAGUCACCAAGUGAUCAAGAACAAUACGAUCUAGAUACAGAGUCAGGGACAAGUUCACCCGCUACCGUUAGCAGUCGGGUCCCUCGAUCGGUCACUGGUAACACCUGCCAGCGACGUAGCCGCAAGGUUCACGGCGCCAACAUGAAAGUUGUUCACAAGGCUGCACGAAUCGUGUCUCAUCACUGUGGCUGCGAGCUGGAACCACUUCAUGAUGAUCUUACCUGCCCUGUCUGUGAAUUCACAGAUAUGGGGGAUGUUCCGCUUCUUCGAUAACCGACCAAGGGCAUUGCACCGUCUCGCGGGGGAGGCAGUACUGCUCCCGUCUUUGCCAGUGGCCCUAAAUUUAUGGCAUGGCACUUGCGCAGGAUUCCGCUUUGUGUCAUCUUUGUCAACAAAUGGACGGGGGAGUUCAAACGAUCAGUGGCUGCGGUGAGGUUGAAGCACCUUCACUGUUGAGGGCAUCACGAGAAAAAACUGUGGAGUUCGGGACGCCUUGGAGAUGCCUUCUGACUAAGAGGACUUCGAGAGCUGUAGAACAACUCGGCAGCUGAUGUAGAAUGCAACAUCCAAAAUUUUCCUGUUUUCUGCUGCUUCUCGAACAAGGUCUGAAUGCCAGCAAGUGCACAAGAUAUUUCGGAAGUCCAUAAACUCGCACAAAACUGUGUAGGCCCUUGGAUAGCAGAAACUCGACGGCCUUGCUUUGCCACUGCAUGCCUAGAGAGGCUGAAAUCCGAAAGAUGUCUGUCAUUCUCGUGGUGCGGAGGCUGCUUCGUGGUGGUGGGUUGGCUUUGCGUCUGUCUUCUUUCGCGCCCUGCCGAGGUUUUUUGAAAGAGGGAGUUUUGCGGCCAAAUUUUCAACCUAGCUAGUGUUUAUCUCCAGUCAGAUGUUCUUUGUAGUUAUCCUGCUGGCUGACUGCUCUCUGGUUCGAUACUUGUCACGUUCCGCAGCCUAAUGUGGCGAAAGUGCAUCCAUUUGAUUAUUCAUGCACAGAGGGCAGGACGGCCUCAAAGAGGUGUCCCGUUUCCGCAGUUUGUCUCGAUGUUUAUGUGUUGAGGGCGUCAUUUCCUGAUUCACUCUCUGUUUACAGCAGUGUUAGGAAGACCGAACGUUCGAUAGAAGACCCGCAGUUGGCUCUUUCGCUAGGCUAUGGGCGUUUUUUGUCACACGCAACGUGAAUUCUUAUCGUGGAAACCAGCGUAUUUGAGGAUUCUGUGUAACAUCCGUCAGGUAUCGCACUGCUC